AAGAAGGACUGGUAUCCUCGCCUUGUUUGAGUUCUAAUUCCUCAGAUCAUUCAACAGCUUCAUCAAACACAACUCUUUUCCAUCUUCCUAUCUUUUCUUUCAAGAAAUCGCAGCCGGCUGCAAAGUACAUUCAGCCUCCGCUCCUCUUCAUUCUUUACAAGAACUUCGUUAUUCAUAUCAAAAUGAAAUUCCUCACUACCGUAGCAGUCUUUACCGUGACUGUCGCGGCAGCUCCAUUCGAGCUCGCCAUGCGACAAGACAGCUCGCUACCGCCUCUGCCCAGCGGAUUUCCCACUGACUUCACUCCGACGGGGGCUCCUCCAACUGGACUACCAACUGGACUACCACCCCGAUUCUCUGGGACACCAACCGGCCCGCCCCCGAGUGAUCUGCCUGCUCCAACGGAGCCGGCGAGAAAGAAGGCUCGGCAGGACGCUUCCGGCCCUCCCUCUGGCGUAGCUCCUACUGGACCGCCACCAUCAGGAGUAAAGCCAUCAGGAGCCCGACCGACCGGCCCUCCGCCGUCUGGGACACCAGCUGCGAAGCUCGCAGCCCAGCAAAAUGAUCCGUCUGCUCCACCUCAAGCAUCUGGAACGCCACCUCCGCAACCCAGUGGCGCGUCAGGCCUUCCUCCUCCAUCUGGCAAGCCAUCAGAUGCCCCUGCGCCUAACCCAACGUUGAAUGUUCGCCAGGAAGCCUCGUCUCUUCCAGCACCUCCCAGCGGUACUCCACCACCCCUUCCGAGCGGCGCUUCUAGACUUGCUCCUCCCAGCGGUACGCCUCCACCACUUCCUAGCGGUGUUUCUGGACUUCCCCCUCCCUCUGGCAAGCCAUCAGAUGCCCCUGCGCCUACCGCAACAUUGAAGGCUCGCCAAGAGGCUUCGUCUCCUCCAGCACCUCCCAGCGGUACUCCGCCAUCACUCCCGAGUGGCGCUUCUGGACUCCCUCCUUCUCCGCCAUCGGGAGCUCCCACUGGUGUUUUCUCUGGCCCUCCUCCCAGUGGUACACCUCCACCUCCCCCUGCCCAGAGCACUGCCGCCUAGAGUGAUAAAGCGUUAUCACAGUAUGUCUAUACUUGUAGGCUCGGAUAUUUCAGCUUGAGACGUAGAAGGCCGUUUUACACGCUGGUCCUUGACCUACACCGCUGGAAAGGUACCAAGAUACUAAGGGGAGGUGAAUCUUCGGUGUGAUACUAGGUUGACGCUAUCACAUGCAUCAUUUCGUCAAAAUUAUGGGUAAACAGUACCAUUACACGCUCGUUCGUUCACAAACAAGAAAUAGAAAGUAGAAG